GACCCGUUCAACACUCUAAAGCACUAGAAUAACGAACUUUUCUGUUUUAUUAGUCUCGUUUUAUUAUCACAUCUAUCUUUUUAUCUCACUCAGAUUCACAUCUUAAGCAAUAUCUCCCUGUAUGAGCCUUUUAUAUAGAACCAACAGCUCUACCCGCCAAGCUAAAGAUCACCUAAUCAUUUGGUUUCCCUUGUGUGCUCUCCUUUUUCUCUCCCUUCUGCUUGCUUGUCUGAGAGUUCAUCUCUGCCCUCUGGCCUCAAGCGCUGCUCUUCGAUAAUUAUUUCUCUCCAUCCCUGUUUGAAAUGGGCAGCCUUAUUGCUUGGGUGGGAAGGCAGUAGGUGAAAUUUAGAAAAGCCUGAGGGGGGUUGAAGAGAUAGAUGGAGAGUUUAGGAAGAAGUAAGGUUUUACGUGUUCUGUUUGGACUUCUACUGCUUCUGGGUGUCUUCUGGUUCUUCUCUACUGCAAUUCUGGUGAACCACACUACCGGACCGACAGUCACAGUUUCAUCGAGCAGAAUCUUCAAGCAUUGGAAGCUGAAUGGAAGAGAUAAGAAGCAUGCUGUUGUUUGGGAUUCUUCUACCUUCAUUUACGUGAGCAAGAGGCGAGUACCUAAUGGACCUGAUCCCAUCCAUAACAGGAGAGCAGUGAAGACUAGACAACCAGCUGGUCGAGCUUAACCAUGAGGAGAGUGUGAAGCAUAAGAAUUUGAGCAGGAGGCUUGUACAAUAAGUUAUAUAUCUGCACUCUGCGACUCGUGCAGUUAUUUAUGAUUUUCGCCUCCCUUAGGAAUUAGGAUUUGUGGAGUGAUUAAAAUUUUGGAGAAGGUAGGUUUAAUGAAGCUCAUUAGUUUGAUGUCCAAGUCCUGAGCAUUCUGUAAUGUGAUUCGUGAUUCUGUUUGAAUUCCCAACCUUACUGUAAAUCUAAAAGCUGUUCAUGGGCAUGAAAAGAACACCAUUUAAAGCUCAAACACAAUAUACAUAUUCAA